GGCGACUGCUACUGGCUGUGAUUGGCGCGAGGGCUUAGUUCCAUCCAGGUGGGAGGGGCGGCUCGCUCUCGGUCUCUCUGUGUCUCCUUUGCAAGCUGAGCAGUGAGUAGCAUCUGCUGCUGUGCGCGAGACCAGGCAAGGAGCAUGUCUGCAGGCAGGGCCAAGAAAGUGAAGAUGGCCACCAAGUCCUGCCCAGAGUGCGACCAGCAGGUAAGGCUUUAGUAGUGUGAAUAAGGAGAUAGACCCGAAAACGUGGACCACGUCCUCCCUGGCUCAGGUUGUGGGUAAAGGAGGACACAUCGAAAUGCCCCAAGUGCUUUUUCUCCAUCCUGAGUUUAACAGCUUACCUUAAGCAUCCAGGUGUGUUGCAUUGCAUUGCAUUGCAUGCCCACAUAGGCAUUGCAUGCCCACAUAGGCAUGUCGAGGACGAGGAUGGCACUCCUCCCCCCCCCGCAAAAGUCUUUGCCUGAAAAACUGCACUGAAUAAUUCUAUUACAUUUGUAGAAUGCAUUUAAAAACAAAUAUUUUGCUUUACACCCCCCAAAGUAUUUGCUGCAAAUGUCAUUGCAUUGUAUUGUUGGCAGCUGCAGUUCCUUGGCAAGAGGACAAGAGGAGGUUUGGAUUGGUGACUUGUGAAGCUUUAAAUAAAGGAAUCCUGUGCUUUUAGCCCCUGCCCUAUAUAAUUUUGUGGCGCUGCGAGUGUUCUGAAUAAAUACAUUCAGUAUGUUCUCUUGAAGAGUUAUCUGGAAGAGGUGACAGAUGGAAGAAUAAUAAGGCUGUUGAACUUGCAAUAUUAAUAUUUCCUGAUGAACAGGAUUAGGGAUUGGCAGUGCACUCCUAUGCACGUCUACUCAGAAGAAUGUCUUACUGAUUUAAUCAGGGCAUAUUCCCAGGGAAGUAUGUAUAAGAUUGCAGCCUUAGGAGCUGAAAAUGAGACUGAAGACUUAUGUACACUCAUAUAUUGAUUUUUGUCUUUUAAAAAUACUGCUGUGCUACUUCCUGUAAAUGAUGGUGUUUGUUCUUGCCCAUGUUUUGUGAUUAUAUCAGUCAAGUUUGACUCUACCACUAUUCCUUUCAAAAGAUGUAGCAGAGGUUUUGAGGUGUUACAACUGUAUGUAGCCCACUGCUGCCCUAUUUAUUGUAUGUUUGAGCUGGAGAUAUAUACACACAGGUACUGUUGUGACCAGGUCACUCAGUGGCUAAACAUCCUUACAUUUGACACCUUGUGUUGCAGUUGAGAAUUGGCUGUUCUUCAUUCUGCUGGGUGAAAAGGUUCAUGAAACUCAAAUAAUUAUAUACCCCACAGUAUUGGUAUGGUAAAAAAUAUUGUGUGUUUCAUACCUUGUUGAAAUAACACAGAAACUUUAAUUAUAUUGAAGAAAGAAGCCUGUGUUUUUCUUUUUUCAAUUCCCAGAUGCUAUAUUUAAUUGUCAUUUUCCUCUGUCCUUAACCUGUUUUGUUUAAGGGGAUUCUUAUUGCAAUUCUCUCCUUAAAACUGAGAUUAUAAAAUACUGGAAGUUGCCUUGGUAGGGGGUCAAUACUAGCAGAACACUGUUGUUGACUCUAAGAAAUGUUAUGUCUGUGGACAGAGCUGGUACAUGUUGCUGCCACUAUGACCUUUUAUUUGCUGAUUUAUUAAUUUCAAUCUUUCAUUUUCCCCAAAUUGCUCAGGGGUGCAGUGAGCCCCCCCCCCCCAUUUAAUCCUCACAACAACCCUGUGAAGUAGGUUAUGCUGAGAGAGACUGACUAGUCUAAGCUCAUCCACAGCUCAGUAGGGAUUUGGUCUUGGGGCCCCCUGGUUUCUCUGUUGGGCACAUUAAUUACUGUUGAUUGGAUUAUGGUAGCAUUUGUCUUUUAAGCUUCAAGUUGAUUUAGUUGAUCUAGUUGAUCUUAGUAGGCCCAGAAUCACUCAAGCUCAAAUCUAUUGGUUCAAUUCAUCUCCUCACAAUGCUUAAUGGGUUUAAGCUGGGUUUGAAACUACUUAACUAGCUUUAGCUCCACACUUCAUGUGACAAACAUGUUGCUGCAUGUAAACUGGGUGUUUACUGUAGCAAACAUGUAAAGUGUGGAUGGCGCGUCUUUGAAUGCCUCAAUAUGCCCUUUGGGGAAAUCCGUCUCAGUCGGGUUUUCUAGAUGCUCCCUUUCUCCCCCAGUUUAUGCGUAUGCUUUAGGAAUCACUACCGUAUGCGCAACAGAUACAUUUUCCAUGUAAAGUGUGGAGCUGCUUUUAAUUAUGGCAUUUUCCUGAUGCAACUUCUCAAUGCUACGCAGUUCCUCACAAAGCAAGGGUUCCUAUUUUGUCAGAUGGGUGUAUUUUACACAGCAUGGAAAAGUUAUUCUGAGAGUACAAGUUUGUAAGUAGCUUAUGGGAUGUCUUGUGGCCCUAUAAGGCCUUGUUUCGCUUGCCCCAGUGAGAAUCUGCUCAGAGUUUAUUUUACCCUCUAAGACUCCUGCAUCACAAACAGCUGUCUCUGGAUAUGUUGGAGUUUAUGCAGUUGUGUCUGGCGUCCGUGUCUUGAUCUUCAACCUUGUGAAAGCAGGCCAACUCGGUUUCCUUUUUUCCCAUCCUAGAGAUUGCCUUUGGAAGGAGUUUGCUCUGUGCAAUCUGUCCUUACCACCCAAGAAGGAGCCUGACUCAAAUGUGGGGGAUUCUGCAUAGCUAUUGCUGUCUCUGCCUGUGCUCCAGUUCUUUCCAUAUGCUCCAUUCACUCUUACCACACUUUUUCGUGUUCUGAGGGGAUUUGCUGAAUGUGUAAUAGGGAGGUAGUCAUCGUGCUCUGGCAGAGUUGUGCCGAAUAAACCGUUCCCCCCCCCUCACAGGCCUAGUGGCACACAGCUGUGAAGAAUGAGAAAUUAAAAAAAGAAAGAGAGCUUAUUAUAAAACAGCUUCUGAUCUUUAGCAUUUAAACACGCCACCCGGCCAGCUUGCUGCUUAGUCAUUUCACGGCUGUAAUUUUUUAAUAUUACGUACAUGCUGUGUUGUGUUAGUGCUCUGAUAAAAGGGCUUGCGGCGGCACCUCAGUUUGACAAUCUCUCAGCCUAACCUGCCUAACAGGAGAGACCCCAUUGCCCUCACAGAGAUACAAUUCUCAAGAGUGGUUUAAGAAGCACCCCUUCUCCCCAGGGAAUUGUAGCUCUGUGAGGUUGAAUAAGGGUCUCCUAACCUGGAGGUUAGUGCCAGAGCUUGGCUAACCGUAGCCAGGCUGUUGCUGUCCAGGUGGGGUUGCAAGCUGGUGCACCAACUCGAUUGGUGAAAUGUACCCAAUGUCACCAGAGACUGCGUUCCUGAUCCUUGACGGGAGUGCAGCCCCAUCAAGAACAGGUUGGACAGAUGAACCAUCUCUUGACAGCACAUCAGGACAAAUACUAAAAGGAAGUACUUCUCCAUGCAGCACGUAGUUAAACUGUGGAAGUCCCACAGGAGGUGGUGAUGGCCACAACCUUGAAUGGCUUUAAAAGAGAAUUAGGCAAAUAAAUUCAUGGAGAAGAGGGUUCUCAGUGGCUACUAGCCAUGAUGCUGUACUGCCACAGUUGGCAGCAGUAAUGCAUCCAAAGGCUAGUUGCCGGAAACAACAGGAAGAGAGUGUGCUUGAAUCCUGCUUCAAGGUUUCCCAAAAGAGGCACUAUGAGAAUAGGAUACUGGACUAGAUGGGCCAUUGGCCUGAUCCAGAAGACUGUUCUUAUGUUCUUUGUUGUCGGGGUGAGCUUUAGUUUAUUGGCUGACAUCCAGUCCACAACUGAUUCUGAGAAUGACUCGGCACUUCCUCACAUGAAUGUGAGAGAAAGGGGAGGGAAUUGUGAAAAUAUUAAUGCCGUCCACCUUCAGAAGACAUCUCAUUCUGUGGUUGUAAAAAGUGGGAGGGGGAUGCCACAGAGCUGAAGUCUAGUCUUUUAGUAUCAUAUUCUGAAAUGGGCCCUCCAGAGAGGUGGAAGAUCACUCAAGCACUGUUUUUUCAACUCCCUAUCCAGAGGGUCAAAUCUAACCGAGUACUAUUCAGAGUAGGCCCAUUGAAGUCGGUGAAUGCAGGUUAGUCAUGGCCAGGUAGUUCAGUUGGUAGAACAUGAGACUUAAUCUCAGGGCGGUGGGUCCCAGCCCCAUGUUGGGUGAAAGAUUCCUGCAUUGCAGAGGGUUGGGCUAGAUGAUUCUUGUGGUCCUUUCCAACUCUAUGAUCCUUUGGUUAAUUUCAGUAGGUCUCCUACUAAGAGGUAUUGGAUGAAAACCAGAGAGCCUAUACUGAAUAUUGGAUGAAAACCAGAGAGCCUAUACUGAAGGGUGCCAUGGCUGAUGUUAUCAGAAGCCUCUGAGGGAUCCAGGAAAAUUGGCGGGGCACACUCCCUCUGUCCUGCUGGUUAACAUGUCAUCAAUCAGGGUGCCCAAGAUGGCUUCUGUAUUGAAAAUAGGCCAAGCUGAAACAGAUCCAAAUUAACAGUUGCAUCCAGGAGUGCCUGAAGUUGUGUGCAUCUUCUUAAUUCUGACAGUCUGCUGCUGUUUGGAGGAGGCUGCUAGUCUUUGCAUUUCCAAUAAUUAGGUGUUUGUGUCGAGGCUGAUUUCAGCAUGCCUCUGCUUUGAGUGAAGGCUUCCCAUUGACAUUUACAAUAGUAGAUCUAACGCAAAUCUUUCAGGCUGCCAUCCUAAACAGGCCUGCCUAGGUGUAAGACCCACUGGAAGAAGAGGUCCUUGUUUCUGAAUGAGCAUGUUUAGGAUUGUACUGUGGUGCCGUUACCUUUUUUUAGCUUUAUACAGUUAUAUAGGUUUUGUGGCCUGGCCUCUUUCAUGCUUUAAGUCUGCAGGCCUUUGCUGACACUGAUAAGUUCAGCUAAGCAUGACAUAGUUUCCUGAGCUAAACAAGUUUAAUUCUCAUCUUUUGGGCCUGGGACGAAAACAAUAAUCGCAGAGAAUCUACUGUGGCAUAAAUGUGUUUUUGAGGAGUUUGGGUUUUAUUUGUUUUCAUACGGUCCUUCACUAAUUAUUUUGAAUUUGUAGGUUAAUAUUUACAGCUACUCAAAGUGUCUUUUCUCAAGUUAUUUGGUGGAAACUUUCGGGGUCCUUACCAAAGGGAGAACAGUUUGAUUUGUAUGAGUUCUCAAUGAGAUGCUGACAUACAGAUUUGGGUAGGAAAAUAAAUUGGCUGUUGAAUAGAGUGCCUCUGAUGAAAUGUUAACAAAAGUAGCACCGAUUUUUAAUCCUCUGCCACAUGUAAAAAAGCACAUUCCUCAGGUUGCAAUCCUGUACUUUUUUUAGCCUGAGGACUGCAUUCUGGGCAACUUUCUGAAGGCCAGUGGUAGCCCGAGCCAGAGGCAAAAGUGGGCGGAACCAGAAAUGUGAAUGUUACCUUUCUACGAUAGGCUCAUUUUGACACACACAUGUCCCUUUGUCUCUUCCAUGCGGACAAGGCCUGAGACGGAGUUUAAGGACCUAUUCCAACCAGGCAAAGAUACUUGAGGUGUGAAGCCUAGGGGAGCCAGAUUAAGAGACAUGAGGGCCGCAUCCAUCGCCUGGGCCUGAGGCUCUCCACUUCUGCUGCACGUAUUUAACUGGGUUGAUUGCCAACCCCACUGGUGUGAGAAAACACAUGCAACAAAUGUGGGUUCAGACAGAGCACCGCUCUCCACAUUAUAUCAAAAUGCACAGAAGGCCAUUCACGCGUGGGGACCUCUUAAGAGAGUGGCAAAUGUAUUUUGGGUCUUCUUUAUGAUGACAGAAACUUUAAUAUUAGUCAGCUGCUUAACCGUAGCUGCAUGCUAGGCUGUAAUCAAAACUAGCCAAUACAACCGAAAGAACUGCAGGGUGUUAACUUAAAAGGGGUUGCUGACGUUUUCCUGGAAAUGGCAGAAUAGAUGGUUGUCGAUUAAGGAAUCAGUGUUUCCACUGAAGCGAGCCUUUUUGUAUGCAAGCAUAGAUCGCUUCAUGAGCAAUGGAACUCCUUCCUUUCUCUGAAUAGCAACUUUGUGCUGCCUCGGAAACUGCUUCUGAAAAUUGUGGGGGUGGGACGCUUCUUCCUGUUUUCUUCACUGGAUGUGGAAGCUCCAUGACUUCUGGCUCUUGCAAGGGAAGCAGCAGUAAUAAAUACCACUGCAGUCUUAAGAUUGCGUGUGAGUGGUGUUCUGAAAGAAUGCCUUUCUCAUUUUUGUUUUUCAAAUGGGCUUAUUCAUAAAAAUUACGUGAAUGAGAUUAUCAAUGAAGGUUGCCUUGGGGUUUUUUGAUCCAGUUAAUUACCUCCAAGUGCAUCAUGAAUGGGGCCCAUUGUGAAUAACGCAGAGCCUUGGCAGAUAAUGCACGACCUAGGAAGAGCAGUAAUCUGCUGUAUGAGGGCUGUCUGCUCGUAAACUUGCAUCUGCAUGUGGGGUUGCACAGGAAACGGAGCCCUACCUCUGGUGGCACUAAUAACUCAGUGUGAUGCAUACAGUAGGAAUAUUCUUGCCCCUUUUCAAAGAAAUGCAAAGGCUGAAUACCAUUUGUUCUUCUAAUAUUAGCUCAUGAAAGGGAAACCCAUGUGUGGUUGGGACAGCUUCAAGGUUUCAUUCUAAUUUAGCCUGGGUCUAAGCUGUUUUAGCAGAGCUAUCUGAAAGACCAUGUUUUUAAUGAAAGGGGUACUGUUGUUGUUAUAAUAUGUAUUUUUAAUCAACAUUCUUAAUAUAUUGUUUUAAAUCCAUUACUGCUUAAUUACUUUUUCUUUGUUUUCAGCGGUUUCCAUUUUAUCUGUGUUUUGUAUUUUUUGCCUGUUAUCCGCCUUCAUCCCUGGUCUGGGGAAAGGGCAUGGUAUAAAGAAAUAUAAUAAAAAUUGAAAUUUAUCAGGACUAACGGCAGGCACAAUGACGAGCGCUAUGGCAGCUGGCAGGCGUAGAUUUGCGAUGUGCUCGUUGUGCCAGACGUAGAACACAUAAUCAAUACCUGGCCUGUGUGAUAACUGGGCAGCAGGUCCUUCUGCCACGAUGCUGUUUUGUUAACAUUUCCCGUGGCACAACCUCUUUAUUGCACAGUUCGUUUAUCAUUAAGAUAAUGACAUUAUGAAUCAGAAUGAGUUGAGUAGAUCAUUUACAGUGGAAUCCCAUGCUUGGGAACAUGGGGGGAGGUUGCAUUACAUUUUGAACCGGGCUAUUGGUCCAUCUAGCUCAGGAUGGUCUACACUGAGUAGCAGCAACAGCUGUCCAGAGUUUCAGAUGGAGGACACUCCCAGCCGUAUCUGGAGAUGCCAGAGAUUGAACCUGAGGCCUCCUUCAUUCAAAGUAGAUGCUUGACCACUAGUGCUUGCAGCCCUUGUCAAUGUCUACUCAGAAGGAAGUCCCACUGAGUUCAAUAUGGCUUACUCUCAGGACAGUGGAGUUGUAACCUUAAACUCCCCAGGUAUCAGUAUCACCAACAGGUAUUCUGCACAAACCACAGAUGACGUCAUAAAAUUGUUCCUUGGACUGUGUAGCCAUAGAUGGUAGUUGAACACUGGAGUGUUUACCCAUUAAAAAUUGAAGAGAUUGUCUCCUCCCCUCCCCCCCAGUCAGCCAGCCUUCCCCAAACUGUUGCAAUCCAGAUAUUGAUGGGUGAAAGCUCUCAUCAGUCACAGCCAGCAUGGCCAAUGGUCAUGGUCAAUGGGGGCUGGAAUAAGCAUUUGGACCACACAUAAUUGCAGUCUAAAAUAUAUGGGGGAAAUUGCUAUAGCUCAGUGCAUAAUCCUUGCAUGGUAAAGAUCCUGGGUUUAGUUCCUAGCAUAUGGCUGCCUGAAUCCCCGGAGAGCUGCUGCCAGUCAGUAUAUAGACAAGGCUGUGCUAGAUAAGGACCUAAGAGGCUGCUGGAUCAGGCCAGUGGCCUAUCUAGUCCAACAUCCUGUUCUCACAGUGGCCAACCAAGUAGGAGCUAAGCACAAGAGCGUCCUUCCCUCCUGUGGUUUCCACCAACUGGUAUUCAGAAGCAUUUCUGCUACUGUGGAGGGCAGAGCAGAAUCUUUAUGGGCCAAUAGCCAUCAAUAGCCUUUUCGUGCAUGAAUUUGUCUAAUCCUCUUUUUAAGCCAUCCAAGUUGGUACUUUUGAAGAAGUACUUUCUUUGAUCAGUAAUGGAUUUUCCAACAGAUGGACCCAUGGCCUCACUCAGUGUAAGGCAACUUCUCAUGUUCCUGUGCAAAGCAGUGCAGUCCUGGGGCAGUUUUUAACCUGAUAUUUGUCAGUUCUCUUGAAAUGUAGUCCUUUUCUCUUUUGUCUCUCUUCCAGGUUCCUGUUGCAUGCAAAUCCUGUCCGUGCGGCUAUAUAUUUAUCAGUCGAAAACUCUUGCAUGCUAAACGUUCUGAAAGGCUGCCGUCCUCAGGUACUUUUCUACUUGAUGGUUUUGCUUAGAUUGUUGUGGUUUUAAAAGAGUACAGCUGAAGGGGAAGGAUUAAGUAGUGUCCCCACCCUCCAGGAUAUCCCUGGGUGCCAGCUUCCACUCCUGGCUCCUGGCACAGACCAAGACUGCUAUACAUCUCUACUAUAUAAUAUCUGUUUUGUCCGGGUGUUGUAAUGGGUAUUCUGCUGCUGGCAUAUCAGUUGGGCAAAAUGUGGGUUUUCUUUUGACACGGAGGUUCAGAAAUGUUUUCUGUCUCUGGCUUUGUUUACCCAACCCUUUCCCUACCUCCUUCCUCUGCUUUCUUCUGUAUCUCUUGUACAGUGGUACCUCGGGUUAAGAACUUAAUUCAUUCUGGAGGUCUGUUCUUAACCUGAAACUGUUCUUAACCUGAAGCACCACUUUAGGUAAUGGGGCCUGCCGCUGCGCCGCCACUGCACAAUUUCUUUUCUCAUCCUGAAGCAAAGUUCUUAACCCUGGGUUAGCAGGGUCUGUAACCUGAAGCGUAUGUAACCCGAGGUACCACUGUACUCCUUUUCAUUUAUGCCAACUCCUGCCUGUUUGAUGAGUUCUCUCUUUCUCUUUCUCUUUCUCUUUCUCCCUUUCCCUUCCUUCCUUUCUUACCAGCCAUUUGAUUUUUAACCAAUUUCUGUCAACCUGUUGCCCUUCAGAUGCUUUAGACUGCAUUUCCCAUCAGCCUUCUGAUGGGAAUUUUAGUUCUAAGCAUUUGGAGGGUGCCACUAGCUUGGCAAAAGCUGCUCUUACUUCCUGUACACCUCUGCUCCUGUUUUCUUUCUGGUUCAGCAAUUUGGGUAUUAUUCAUUGUGCAGAUUGUGGCAAGAAAAAGGCGGAUCGGUUUGGUUACGUGAUCUUUUGAAGAAUUGGAUUUAGGAAGAAAAGCAUCACUGGUUAUAGAGGCAAUUUCAUUUUGACAUUUAUGCUUUGUGAAUAAUAUCACUUUAAAAAUAGCUGGGUGAAGAGGCUGGGGUGGUGCAGAUAAACACUAUGGUGGAGUCAAAGGGCUCACAUUGAGCAAUGUCAGAGAAGCAGAUCUUAAAAUGUACAGUAUCAUAAUAACGGUGGUGAUAAUGUGUUGAAACAGAAAGCAGAAGUGAAGCUAAGAGGAGACGGACAGAGAGAGUCACAAGAGAGAGGAUAAACUCCGUGGUAAAUAAAGAUUUAGAAAACAGGAGAAGAUCCAGAUCAAACAGCCAUUCGGAUCACAGUAGAAGAGGAAGAGGACGACCAAAGACCACCUCAGCGAAAAAACACGAGGAGGAAAGAGGUAUAAAAGGCAGAGAGGUGCUGCUUGCUGAUCUUAGCAUGCUGUAGAGGCCACAAGCAUGUGAGGGUCUGUGAAUUUCUUUCCCCCUCACACACACGAGGAAGAAGGGGAGGGGAACUUCCUUUUUGCCUUUGUGAUGAUUUCCUCAUUUUGGGGACUGUUGUGGUAGGGAAGGCAAACAUCCUUCCUUCUGAGGAAAUUAGAGUUGUUUUAUAAGCUAUGCUUUCAGUGCUGCCUUGUGAACCUACCCAGCCUUUGCUUCUGAGGCUUCCUCUUACUUGCAGAGAUAAUCACUGGGUGGGAAAUGGAAGAGGUCAAAACAUCAAACACCCCAUCACAUUUCCAGUGUCAAAUCUAGAUUGGGCAGGUCAGGGAGUGGGGGAGCAGGAUACUGUCACUGGCUUCAUGUGAGGCACAAUGCAAAGUCACAUUGGCACAGGGCAGGAUCCUGGUGGCCACAGCAAACCGCCAGUCAGAUAUAGUGGACCGCUGAGGAUCAAGCUUAAACACUGAUGUGGUUUGCCAAUGGUAAACUGUGGCUUGUCGUGAAUGAGACAGCCUGCUUGUGCCACUGUGGCUGUUUUGCUCCUCCUCAAGUCUUACUGCUGCCACCACACUAGCCAUGGUUUGGCUUAGUGUUUCGUGCAAACCUGGGCUCAUGGCUUGUCUCAUUCUGAACAAACCAUGUUUUUUUCCUUGGCAUGUUCCAAACAAACCACAAGCCUGGGUUCAGAUGCAUUGCUAAGCCAGGCCACGUCUUAACUCAUAGCCACAGGAGUGGGGGAGGAGUGAAGCAGCUACAGUCGUCGCCCUGUGCACCCUGCAUACAUGUCCGUCUGUGGUAAGCCAUAGUUUGGCUUACAGUGGCAUGCAAAUGAAGCCAUUAUGAUGAUUAUAAAAUCAAGGCAGUCCCAGCUGUGAGUGCAGUAAGUAGGACAAAUAAAAGAAAGCCUGCUAAGAAAUUGCUGAGUUACGGCACUUCAAAGAUUUCUGACUUGAAGUGCAGUUUGUAAUAUAUCCUGCCCCCUCCCCCUGGCCACCUAAAAUAUAAAGGUAAAGGUACCCCUGCCCGUACGGGCCAGUCAUGUCCAACUCUAGGGUUGCACACUCAUCUCGCUCAAGAGGCCGGGAGCCAGCGCUGUCCGGAGACACUUCUGGGUCACGUGGCCAGCGUGACUAAGCGGCAUCUGGCGAGCCAGCACCAGCGCAGCACAUGGAAACGCCGUUUACCUUCCCGCUAUAAAGCGGUACCUAUUUAUCUACUUGCACUUAGGGGUGCUUUCGAACUGCUAGGUGGGCAGGAGCUGGGAUCGAAUGACGGGAGCUCACCCCGCCGCUGGGAUUCGAACCGCCGACCUUGUGAUCAGCAAGUCCUAGGCUCUGAGGUUUUACCCACAGCGCCACCUGCGUCCCUACCACCUAAAAUAUACCUCCUAGCUUUUCCUUUCUUCAGGUUUAGGUUGUCUCAAAAAUUACAGGGGUCUGUUUUGGUAAAAUUUCUGUUUUUCUUUAACUAUUUGGUUCAUUAAAGUAAUGUUCUCAUUUCUGAAAAAUUGGCUCAUAAAUUAAGGAGAUCUUGGGGUGCAACUGAACUUAUGGAUUCUGCCUCUCUUUGGCAGCUGUGUUUCUUAUGACAGGCCGAUCAUGGGUGUUCAUACCAGUUGUUUUGUCUUUUCUGUAUAUCUGGUUGGUUUUUUUAAUCCAAUGUGUAGUCUCUUGAGAAUGUACUUUAUUUUAUGAGAUAAUGGUUGUGAACCCUGUUUGUUUUGUACAGUUUUUUUAUUUUAAAAAGAGUUCAUAUUUCUUACUUGGAUGUUACUUUCACUUCAUAAUAAAGCCUUGAAAAUUAUAUAUUAAAAAUACCUGACACAUUAAUAACAUUAACUGUUAAAACCUCAUUUUUCAUGGUGUAUACAUCUGAGUCACAAUCUGUUCAUUUUAUCUCUAUGCGACGCGGCUGUAUAUAACUAGAAUGGCUGAAAUGACCUAAACGAGGGUCAUUCUUUUAUAGGAAGGUAUCUGUCUUCACAUAAUCUUCAUAUUGGCAAAGUGCACAGCAUAAUUAAUUGCAUGGCUUAAAUCAACAGAGCGAUUAUUGACCGCUGUCAGGUUUUAUACAAGCCGGUUUUUCUUCAUGGGGGGAAUGUGGCUAAAUAUAUUUAGACCAACACAGCAAAAAGUGUGUUCGUCUGCGUGUCCAAUUCCCACUUUUAAAAAGUAGCUGAAAUAAUACUUGGCUCAUGCAGUGCCUUUUCUUUUUCUGCAGAGAAACAAGAGAAAGAAGUCGACAUGUAUGCAAACCUAUCUGACGAAAAGGCUUUCGUAUUUUCCGUGGCCUUGGCAGAAAUAAACAGAAAAAUAAUCAACCAGAGGCUUAUUCUGUGAUUGCCUGGCCCAGGACCUAUGCAUGCUAUGGUGUUUAAGCCAGGCAGUGGAUUUCGAACUGUCGGUGGCCUCUCAAGCAAGGAAUGCCGCUGCCUGCCUUAGUGAAGGCUGUAUGUCUCUUUUCCUUGCUGACCUUCUGCUGCGGCUGCUGCUCUUUGGAUCAUGCAGACUUCUUGUUCCAGCUAAUUGUCAAGAAGGAAGACGACCAGCACUUUGCUUGGGGCGGGGGAAGAAAUCAAAAUCUGAUGAACAUGGCAUCUUGAAGAACUCAACAGAGUUGUUAAAAACUGUUCUUUUGAACACUUCUGCAAUUAAAAUGCAAUGUUUUAAUUAAUUUAAAUCUCCUUCACCAUAGAGGUCAGAUUUUGCAGCUUUAUUGAAGCUUACAUGUACAUAGUUAAGCUAACUUCUUAAUAAAUUGAUAUUCUGGUGUUUGUUUUUAUUAAUCUGCUGAAUUGAUCUGGGAGCCAUAGC